CUUUUCUUGACAACUUUCUGACCUCCGCAAGUCACCCCCUCUUAUGGACUUGAAUAUCUAAAACCUUUUUCUCGACCACUUUCUGGACACCUCAAGCCCCCCCAGCGUCCAUUUGAAUAUCUAGAAAUCGGUGGCGGAUAACCCCAAUCCCUCAGCAGCAUGGCGGAGAAAGGCUUUUUCAGGAAUCGCCGCUUGUACUUCCUGGCCUUGACUACGUAUAUGGGCUCUAUUCUCUUCGGAUACGACACCGGUGUAAUGGGUAGCGUGCUAGCCCUCAAAAGCUUCAAAAAAGACUUCGGACUUCCUACCGACAGCACCGGCUUUGCCAAUGCCCACAACGCCCAAGUCUCCUCCAACGUCGUUUCAUUGCUUACUGCUGGCUGUUUCUUCGGAGCCAUCGCAGCCGCCUUCCUCAAUGAUCGUUUCGGACGCCGCUUCACCCUCAUGGGCUUCUCCGUCGUGUUUCUCAUCGGCGCGGUGGUGCAAACCACAGCCCAUCACCACAUUGGGCAAAUCUACGCAGGGCGCGUAAUAGCCGGUCUUGGGGUUGGAGGAAUGUCUUCUGUGACUCCCUUAUACGUAUCUGAGAACUGCCCCCCUAAGAUUCGUGGCCGGGUCACUGGACUCUUCCAAGAGUUCAUCGUCAUAGGAGUCACUUUUGCAUAUUGGCUCAACUAUGGCGUUGCACUACAUGUUCCCGCAGGCACAAAGCAAUGGCGCAUCCCAGUCGGCAUUCAAAUCAUCCCCGGCGCUUUCCUCCUUAUCGGGCUAUGCUUCUUGAAGGAAUCUCCACGUUGGCUCAUGAAACAGGGUCGCUAUAAAGACGGCACCGCUGCCCUGGCAUACAUGCGAUGCACCACCAUCUCGGACCCCGAUAUCCUCCAAGAAAUCGCCGAGAUCCGCGCCGCCAUCGAAGAAGAGUUGACCGAAAGUGAAGGCGUAAAGUGGAAAGAGUGCUUGAAACCCGGAAACCGUAAGCGCUUCUUCAUCGGCUUCUGCAUCAUGUUCUGGCAGCAAUUCUCUGGCACGAACAGCAUUGGCUAUUACGCACCGCAAAUUUUCCAGACUGUUGGUGUCUCGAAAACGAACGCGUCGCUAUUUGCAACGGGCAUUUAUGGGACGGUUAAGGUAUGCACUACGGCUGUCUUCCUGUUUAUAGGCAUCGAUAGGCUGGGCAGAAGGAAGUCCCUCCUGUUUGGCGCCGCGUGGAUGGGCACCGCUAUGUUUAUCAUCGGCGGCGUGCUGCACGCUCACCCACCUACAAACGUCAACGUCGUCUCCCACGCCUCUAUCGCAAUGGUCGUCUUCAUCUACCUCUUUGUCGUUGGCUAUUCCUGCUCCUGGGGUCCCAUCCCAUGGGUCUACCUCUCUGAGAUUUUCCCCACACGUCUCCGUCCCUACGGUGUCGGUAUGGGCGCUGCCACACAAUGGCUCUUUAACUUCUGUAUCACGGAGAUCACACCAAGCGCUAUUAAUCAUUUAGGCUGGAAGACGUUUUUGAUGUUUGGGAUCUUUUGUAUGAGUAUGGGGACUUGGGCGUUCUUUUUUAUUAAGGAGACGAAGGGGAAGAGUUUGGAGGAGAUGGAUGUACUGUUUGGGGUUGUGGACGAGAACACGAGGAGGGAGCACGUUGAGCGUGUAUUAAAUAAGGGGGUUGUGACGGCGGAGACCGAGAUCGAGGAGGGGAAUAAGGGGAUGAGUGUUCAAUUGGAGAAUGUCGGUGUAAAAUACUAG